UUUAGCAAGAAGCAGAAUAAUUUAUUAUGACAUUGUUUUGAUACCAAAAUUCACCAAAGUUUAUCGUUUAUUUUGGUUUUGAAAGGUGCAGAAGAAGCUGAAGGAUGUCAAGCCAACUCGAAAAACACUUAUUUAAUUUAAAGUUUGCUGCCAAGCAACUUCAGAGAAGUGCAACAAAAUGCGAGAAAGAGGAAAAAGCUGAAAAAGUGAAAAUAAAAAAGGCAAUACAGAAAGGAAACAUGGAAGGGGCUAAGAUACAUGCAGAAAACUCAAUAAGGCAAAAGAGUCAAGCUUUGAAUUUUUUACGUAUGAGUUCUCGAAUUGAUGCUGUUUCACAGAGAGUACAGACAGCGGUCACAAUGAAACAGGUCACAGGUUCGAUGUCUGGUGUUGUGAAAUCCAUGGAUGCCGCAUUGAAGUCAAUGAACUUGGAAAAGGUUUCAGCAUUAAUGGAGAAAUUCGAGAAACAGUUUGAAGACUUAGAUGUGCAAUCAGGAGUCAUGGAGAAUUCAAUGUCAAACAGUGUCACAACAUCAGUACCUCAGGACAGUGUUGAUCGACUUAUGCAGGAAGUUGCUGAUGAACAUGGAUUGGACACAAAUAUGGAACUACCUCAAACAUCUCAACUUGGUGGGGCGUCUACAGCCUCUGUAGAGCAGGACGAACUUAGUCAAAGACUCGCCAAGCUGCGACAGUGAUGGCCUGGAUAAUAAUACCAAAUCAACUCGAAAUAGGAACAAUAUUUUAUAUAUUUUAUUACGAUGGAUUGUUUAUCAACCCGGUCUCAUCAUUUCAUUAGCCGGCUGUUGGCCUUUGGGAUUGUUUCAUGCAAUCGUUUAAUGGACUGUACGUUGACGCGCGCCAUAUGCUAUUCUCCAUUUGUAUGAUUUAAUACCGUAUCGUAUAAAACUUCCAUGAUUUUUGAGCGCAAUCUAUCUGCAUAAAAUAUAAAAGAAAAAGUCGUGAAACUAAAGGAAAUCCUGUAAAAUAAGUUGUAACUUCACAUGUAAAUUCACUUUGGAUAAAUUAACGUUGUCAGCGCAAGACGCUGUUUCACCCUUGAAUAGAACUCCAGCUUAGCGCUGUCUUUCUAUGAAUAGUCAUAUUGCACACUUGAUACAAUAUAAAUUUCAUGGUUAAACCUCGUAUGAACGUGGACGAAUAUAACAUUUUUUAUUAUUAGUAUUACGCACAAAUACCAAUCAAGUUGGUAUUGUUUUGAAACCAUUUUUGGUUAAAUUCUCACACAAUAUUUUUGAUUAGUCUUUUCUCCCCAAUAUGUCAACACUAUGUGCUUAGUCAACUUGUUGUUUUAAAGAUAAGAAAGCUUCCUGUGUUUAUAUGAACAUAAUGAGAUUCAAUAUGGCAUGAAAUACUUAAAUUACCGAAGAGUCCUUCAGAUACAAAUUGCAAAAAGAUGACUAGAUUUAUUGAUAUGAGGUAUUAUUGUAUAUGGAAAGAUAUGAUGUCAUAUUAUUUCAUUACAUGACCCUGGAACACACAAAGAUGUUUUUACAAUAGUGUUUCUGCUACCAAAUUGGUAAGAUUCCUGAGUAGAAAUUUGAUUAAUUUGCUAUUAAACCAAAUAAAAAAGCAACAACUGUACAACUCUGGUAUUCCAUCACGUAUUCGAGAUCAGAUUACUUGGAGUUGCUAUCUUCACUUAUCGUGGCUUACAUCU